AUGGAAGAGCGAAGGGGAUCGCUGUACUUGGACUCUCAGAUACGGGACUGGGUCCUGUUUCCUAUCACUCUGGUCAUGAUCCUAGUGGGCAUCCUACGGCAUUAUGUCGUACUGCUCCUCCAGUCUCCACCAAAAAAGCUUACCCGCGCUGCAGUUCGAGAACAACGAGCCUUAGCUCGCUCUCAAAUUCUUCGUGCUACAUCAGCGUAUUCGCCAAUAUCACCCGUGUUUUACCACUCCAUCUCUAAGCAUCUUUCGGACUCGUUCGAGGCAGGUGCAUAUCUCAAGGAUGGGCCUACAAAGGAGGGAGAAGCGCCCAGUUCACCCCCGAACCCGAUAACUGACCCUGCUGCUAUGGAUGGUAUGAUGGCUGGCAUGAAGACGCAGAUGGUCAUGAUGGUUCCGCAGAUGGUCAUUAUGGGAUGGAUCAACUUUUUCUUCCAAGGCUUUGUUCUCAUCAAGCUACCUUUUCCCUUGACCCUUGGAUUUAAAUCGAUGCUCCAACGAGGAAUAGAGACUCCUGACAUGGAUGUUCGAUGGGUGUCUUCCUUGUCGUGGUACUUUUUGAACUUUUUCGGACUGAAUGGGCUCUACCGGAUUCUACUUGGUGGUGACAAUGCUGCACAAGAUGCUUCUCAAACUAUGAUGGCUUCUCCCUUCGCCGCGACAGGUGCCGGUCAACCAGGCCAACCACAGGAUUUUAACAAAGCAUUUAAAGGAGAAAAGGAUAAUCUCGCAUUCUCGAGUGGCCUGUAUGCGUGGGUCGGGGACGAUGUAGAAGAUAGAGUAUUGAGAAAGUACGGAAAGCUUUGA